AUGGUCGGCCCUGGCGGUGGUCCCCCACGCAAGAGCCACACCAAAUCCCGUAACGGCUGCAAAACGUGCAAGAGGAGGCACAUUAGAUGCGACGAAACAUUCCCGCAAUGUCGCAACUGUACAAAGCACAACUGCCGCUGUGACUACCAGGACACCACCGCGGCCCAAGGUGCGAGCCCCCCGCCCCGGGGGCCCGAUCUGCUCCUGUCGCCAGAGAUCGAAAGGGAAAUCGAGAACUGGCAUCGAACGGGCGUCUCGCCAUAUCCUGAGCUGCUGCAGUGCCCGCGCUCGGGGUGGGCGGGACUGUCGCGCGUCGACUUGCGCUUGAUUCAUCACAUUAUUGGCCUGUCCAUCGAUUUACAUCGUCGUGGGCUGAGUACUUGCACCCUCUGGGCGCAGAAAAUGCCCAAUUUCCUCGCUAUUGCGUUGGGCAGCGAUUUUGUGAUGAGCGCCAUCCUGGGCUUGUCGGCCUUUCAUCUGGCUUUCUUGACCCGGGACCCGGACACGAAACAGUUGGCGUUUCGCCACAAGGUGACUGCUCUCCAGGGACUACAGGCGGCCCUAGGGUCGUUCUCGAAGGAUAACUGCGAUGCCAUCUUGGCGGCAUCCGUCCUUCUGUCGUGGCAGGCGGCAGAACAACAAAAUUGGUCUUCGCUGCAACAUGGCAUUUCCAGCGUCCUGGAGUCCAUGCACCCAUACUGGAAGCAAGAGUCGGAUCUGGCGCAGUUUGUCGAGGCCCAGCGAGCGCUGAGCACCAGGGAUCUCUCGAUGGCCGCCUACCAGCCUCUCGACGAGGACAUCAUGCAUCUAGACCAAACAAUACAGGCGCUGCAAGUCGCCCAGAAACGGGUAUCCCACAAUCUCGAGCACUCUCAACGCCUAGGGGAGCUCAUCGACUUCACUCGACAUUUCCGAGAAGAAUAUCCCAACCAAACGCCCGAACAAUCAUUUGAGCGCAUUCAGAUCCUCCGCCGCUGGCUCUUCUGGCUCCCACCAUCCAUGCUCCGAAAUGGCGACUCAGAUAUCAGCGCUCUCCCCAUCCUCGCCCAGUUCUUCGCCAUCGGCAUCUCCCUCGACAUCUUCUUCCCAGAACUAGGCGGCGCAUACCUCGGCGCUACAGCAGUCGAACCCAUCGAAGAGAUCUACCGCAUCAUCGCCACCCACAGCGCAGCAGAUCCCUUCAACGCCGAGCUCCGUCUCGCCAUGGCCCUGAUGGAACUGCCGCGCGGAGUCGUCGCUCGCUACCGCAGCCGUCUCCCCUGGUCCCCUCGCUCCUCCAUCGAUCAAUACUCUCCCGGCCCGCCCAGCCCAUAUCACCACACCCUGCAUGAAUACCCUCUCGUCGCAUCCUCCCCCGCCUCCGCCUCCCCCUCAUACGCCGCUUACACGCCACCUCUGCAAUCCCCUCCUGCCGUCAAAGUCGCCAACUCCCCAUUCCAGCUACAGGAUGGCUAUGUUUCCACGGCGCCUUCGCUCUUCCCGCCCUCGCCUCAUCUACUGGACGCCCAUAAUGCGCAUCUAGGGCUGUCAGAUUUAAGCCAGGGACAUACGCAUUCGAUUCCACAAUCAUCUGCAUUCACCCCACCAUACGGCGAUGCCAUGUGCAAUGAAAUGCCCCGAGAUGGCUCACUCGGUCUGAACAUGGAAGUCUAUUCACAGACACAUCCAUUCGAGAUCUCGGGCUUAGUUUCCCCCGCCUCACUCUGGGCAUGA